AUGGAGGAGGUCAGUGAAGAGGAGGUCAGGUCAGUGAUGAGGAGGUCAGUGAUGGAGGAGGUCAGUGAUGAGGAGGAGGUCAGUGUGAUGGAGGAGGUCAGUGAAGGAGGAGUGAUGAGGAGGAGGUCAGUGAUGGAGGAGGUCAGUGAGAUGGAGGAGGUCAGUGAUGGAGAGGAGGUCAGUGAUGGAGGAGGAGGUCAUGAUGGAGGAGGAGGUCAGUGA